AUGGCCUCCAAUACCCUCACGCCGCUCCGCAUUGCGUUCAUUCAUCCCGAUUUGGGUAUAGGAGGAGCAGAGCGUUUAGUCGUGGACGCCGCCGUAGGUCUGCAGUCCCAUGGACAUAGCGUAAAAGUCUUCACGUCGCAUCACGAUCCCUCUCAUUGCUUCCAGGAAACGCGGGAUAGCACUCUGGAUGUAUCCGUGAUAGGCGAUUGGCUGCCCCGCAGCAUACUGGGCAAGGCAUACAUCCUGUUUGCGAUUCUCCGCAACUUGCUGUUGUCGGCGAGCUUGCUGACGGCGGGACUUAUGGGGAGAGAAAACUUUGAUGUGUUGGUGGUGGAUCAGUUAUCAAUUUCUGUACCACUAUUGAGAUUCUCCGGGGCAAAGAUUCUCUUCUACUGCCAUUUCCCGGACAAGCUUCUAACCAAACGUGAAUCGCUCCUCAAAACCCUUUACCGACUCCCCGUCGAUAUGCUCGAAGAGCUUACAACCAAAAUGGCGGAUAAGAUUGUCGUGAACAGUAAAUUCACAGCAAACAUCUUCCGGCAUGCGUUUCCGAAUAUCAAGUCGGAGCCGGAUGUGGUGUAUCCGGGGAUACACCUGAAGUCGUAUCGUGGGGAGGUGGAUGAGAAGAGUGAGGGUGUCGCCGAACUGGUCAGUGACAAAAAGACAAUAUUGUCUAUCAAUCGGUUCGAACGGAAGAAAAACAUUGAGCUGGCGAUACACGCAUUUCACGCACUCAGAAGCAAAGAAGACGCGCAAUUCGAGUCGCUACGGCUAGUUAUCGCAGGCGGCUACGAUUCGCGCGUCACGGAGAACGUUGAAUACCUCACCGAACUCUCCUCCCUCGCGCAAGGGCUCAAUCUCUCCACCCAUACCUACUCCACAGAAGCCCGGAACAUCCCGCCAUCAACUCAAGUCGUCUUUCUCCCCUCCUUCACCGAAUCCCAGCGCACCCAUCUCCUCGCCACCUCCCAAGUCCUUCUCUACACCCCCAGCAACGAGCAUUUCGGGAUCGUUCCCCUGGAGGCCAUGUACGCCUCGCUACCGGUCAUCGCGGUCAACUCUGGUGGGCCUUUGGAGACUGUGGUGGAAGGCGUAACGGGAUUUCUGCGGGAUGGCGAUCCAGAGGCGUUUGCCGAGGCGAUAACGAGGAUCGUGAAGGAUGGUGGGGUUGAAGGGAAGAGGAUGGGUGGGAUGGGGAGGCGGAGAGUGGAGGGAACGUUUUCGUCGGAGGCGUUCAUUGAUAAACUGGAGGCGGUCAUUGGAGAGAUGCUGCGUAGCAGAAAUUCGGAGGCGGAGGGGACGUGGCAGGCUCUUAUGUUUCGGUUGCUAGCGUCGGCUGUAGUUCUAGCCAUCGUGGGCUGGUGGUUUGCUAGAUACUUUUCGUGGCCAUAG